AUGUUGUCCUUCCGCAUAAAUACAACAUAUCUCAGCCUCCUCCCCCUCCUAGCCCUAACCCUAGCCGCUCCCUCUUCACAGGGACAAAGUGGAUUCACCAAACGCUCUGUCGCCUGCCGAACAGUCGGGUCCACCGCAACCGCAACCUGGACAAACAGCGUCGGCCAAACAUGCACCUUCUCCGGCGUCGUCGGAAGCAACUACGGCUCCAACAGCGCGGGCUCGGGAGACUACUCCUGCAACGGCCGCUGCGGCGCUGGAUGUACCGGGACCGCACUGGGCAACGCCUACACGCAGGACUGCUUCUCGCAUGAUAUCUGCUCGUAUUUUGAGAAUGCGAGUGGGGGGUCGAGCGACCCCAACUGUGGCGCAGCGUACGACGCCGCUGUGGACGAUACCCUGCUUGGUGUUGCGUAUGGGUGCUCGCAGAGUAAUCCGUCGAAUGCGGUUUCGAAGCCGGCUGGGAGUCCGAGUUGUCUGUAA